AUGCGAAAGCAAACUGCUGACAUACGUGCUCAACCCGGCAACAGUGCUGACAAGGGCUCGCUACAACGACGUUUAGCAAAAAACCCCGAUUUACAACAACAAUACGCGGAUUUUUUAAACGAAUAUAAGCAGUUAGGACACAAGACACAAAGACACACUAGUACCAGCAUCAAAUUGAUGCUUGCAUCAGAAGGGCUACCUAGUGACCUGGAGUCCUUGCGUAAGUUGUACUACCGCUUCCACAACGCCUAUGGUAUUGGUUCAACUGAAGUUGAUGCAGAUCUUUCAGCUUUCAGGUCAUUCUUUUCUGCAGGCCUUCACCAAGAGCUUCAAAAAAUUAGGGAAAGUCAUGGCAAAUAUUAUUCAGUGGUUCCCCAAAUAAGAAUAGGGAGUCACUCAGGACUGUUCACAGGUAGAUUUUGUGCUUUGCCGCUGAAAGAUAAUAGCAGCAAGUUAGAGAAGAAGUUUGCGAAAAAUGCAGUCCUCAAAGAAGAAUAUUCAGCAUUUAUUCAAGAAUAUAUCGAUUUGGGACACAUGAGUAAAAUUGAGAUUCAGAAUGAUUCUCUAAAUAAUAUAUGCUAUUUACCACAUCACGGUGUCAUAAAUGAAGGUAGUACUACUACAAAGCUACGUGUGGUGUUUGAUGCUAGUUCAAAAACCUCUAGCAAUUUUUCAUUAAAUGAUGUAUUGAUGGUUGGGCCAUGUAUUCAAGAUGAUCUGUUUGAUAUCUUGAUUAGAUUUCGACAACAUAGUGUAGUAUUGACAGCAGAUAUUACAAAAAUGUACCGACAGGUGAAUGUUGAUGUUCAGCAGCGUGACUUACAAAGAAUAUUGUGGCGCGCGGAUUCUGAUUCAGAGCUUGAACAUUAUAGACUAAAUACAUUAACGUAUGGUACUGCACCUGCGGCCUUUUUAGCGACUAGAUGCCUCGUGCAGAUUGCCUUAGAUAUUGAAGAUAGAUUACCAGAGAUAAGCAAGAUAAUAAGAAAACAGUUUUAUGUAGAUGACUUAAUCUUAAGUGUAGAGUCAGUUGAAAAGGCUAUAGAGAUAGCAAAAUGCAUUUAUGAAGAACUUAGUAAAUACGGGUUUCCAUUACGAAAAUGGUCUUCCAACUAUAGAGAAGUACUGGAUGGUCUUCCCUUUGAAAAAGCAGAUAAUAUGGGGUAUAUUAUAGCAGACAAUGAAUGCAAUAAAACAUUGGGAAUAUUUUGGAGAGCAAAUUCUGAUGCGUUGCAAUAUGUAGUGGAGAAACGAUUUAUGAAUUAUGCUGAUGUAACAAAGCGUGUGAUAUUGUCGAUAACAUCACAAAUAUUUGAUCCGUUAGGCUUACUGAGUCCUGUCAUCAUAAGAACAAAGAUUUUGCUACAAAGACUUUGGCAGUUGAAAUUACUUAAGGACGAAACAAUUCCGAUAGAUUUGGCUACAACAUGGAAUGAAUUUUAUAAGCAAUUUGCAUGUCUUAAUGAAAUCAGGAUUCCCAGGCAAAUUGCAAUAUUAGAUGCUGUUAGAUUUGAGAUUCAUGGGUUUUCUGAUGCCAGUGAGCAAGCUUAUGGUGCCUGUUUGUAUCUUCGUUCCAUUAAUGCAGCUGGUAACAUUCUAGUACGUCUGAUUUGUGCCAAGUCUCGUGUAGCUCCGAUAAAGCAGAUUAGUUUACCGCGUUUGGAACUAUGCGGAGCUGUGAUAUUAGCUCGUUUAACAAAAAAGGUUAUUGCUGCGUUAGAUAUAAGUCCUGAUGAUAUAUAUUUGUGGACAGACUCUACAAUUGUGCUGGGGUGGAUUGCGGAACAGCCAAGUAGGUGGAAGGUUUUCGUGGCUAAUAGAGUCGCAGAGAUACAAGAACUCACUACAGGUUAUUAUUGGAAACACGUUGAAUCUGCCGACAAUCCAGCUGACAUCAUAUCGAGAGGCACACAACCUAUAUUGCUUAAAAACUUAGAUUUGUGGUGGUUAGGACCUCCAUGGCUUAGAGAUAAUCUAGACAAAUGGCCAAAAACUGAGCAUAAUAUGUAUACAAGUUCUAUUCCUGAACAACGAAAUGUUAAGUUUACUUUUACCAGCGUACUUAUCGAUUCUGAAAUUUUUACACGGUAUUCUUCAUUAUAUAAAUUAGUUCGGAUUGUAGCAUUAUGCUUUAGAUUUAGUAAAAACUCCAGGUGUACGGUAGGUAACAGGAAUUUUGGUGACAUAUCAAAUACAGAAUUUGACGAAGCAUUGUUUUGA